CUGAAAACCUCUACAAACGUUCAAGGCGGGACGAUAGAAAAGGCGAAUUAGGGUUCCGAUAGCUAUGGCCGGAGAAGCGACGAGCAGCCGCCGAAAGAGGCAACGACUUGUUGAAGAAGAAGAAGAGGAAGGCGAGAACAGUGGAGGAGAUGUGGUGGCAAGAUCUGGGACAUUGUUGGACCUCGAACUUCUCGAUUGUCCUGUUUGCUUUGACUCACUCACGAAACCUAUCUUUCGGUGUGACAGUGGACAUGUCGCGUGUUCGUCGUGUUGUACUAAGAUGAUGAACAUAUGCCCUUCUUGUGAUGAUCCCAUUGGUGAGUUUAGAUGCUUUAUAAUGGAAAAAGUUGUCGAAGCAAUAGUUGUUCAAAGAGAAGAAGACGAAGAAGAAGAAGAAGAAGACGAAGAAGAAGAAGACAAAGAAGAAGAAGAAGAUGAAGAAGAAGACAAAGAAGAAGAAGAAGAAGGUGAGAAUGGUGAAGGAACGAGGACUGAAAGUGUAGACGGUGAUCUUGUGAUCUCAGAAGAAGAAGAAGAAGAAGAAGAAGAAGAAGAAGAAGGUGAGAAUGGUGAAGGAACGAGAACUGAAAGUGUAGACGGUGAUCUUGUGAUCUCAGAAGAAGACAAAGAAGAAGAAGGUGAUAAUAGUGAAGGAACGAGGACUGAAAGUGUAGACGGUGAUCUUGUGAUCUCCGAGACACAAUCAGGAACGCUGCUCGAUCUACAGCUUCUCGAUUGUCCUGUUUGCUCUAAGGCACUCACGGCUCCUAUCUUUCAGUGUGAUAGCGGACAUAUUGCUUGCCAGUCAUGCUGUAAGAAACAGAGGUAUAAAUGCUCUGCUUGUUAUUUACCAAUCGGUAACUAUCGAUGCCGAAUACUGGAGACUGUCGUAGAAGCAGUCAUUGUCCCAUGCCCGAACGCCAAAUAUGGUUGCAGUGAGAAGUUCUAUUACGGAAAAGAACUAGUCCACGAGAAAGAAUGCAUUUUCACUCCGUGUUACUGUCCUGCACCAGACUGCAACUACAGAGGCAUGUACAAGGAUCUGUAUAGCCACUACGAUGCUAACCACAAGAGUUGGUGUGGCUAUGAUCAUUUCGGUAGUGGCCAUGAGACUGAUGCAUGGCUACCAUUCAGUGAAAAGAUUCUUGUCCUUCAGGAAUAUCAAGAUGGUCCAUUGGUUGUAAUUCAGGGUUUCGAGAAGCCAGAUGGAGUGUCUUUCACUGUGAACUGUAUAGCACCUUCUGCUCAUGGAGUUGGGGAGUUUGCUUUUGUACUCUCUGACUCGUAUGGAGGUGAACAUUGGACAAGAGGAUCAGAUAAGAUGAAUAAGAUUCAGAAAGUGAGCUUUCAAGCUCCUGAGAAGUGCUUCAUAACAGUUCCCAUGUCUAAUCUUAAGAUGAAGAUUCGCAUCACCCGGCGAAACGAAGAAGAAAGAAGAUGAAGUCGAAGAGGAGUAAUUAUCAUAUCAGAUCCUUGGUAUGUCGUUUUGUUCAUAUAUCAGUUGCCUGCUACUUAGAAAGCCUGACCCUUUUUGUUUGUUUGUUUGUUGUAGCUAGUUUUAUCUAUGCACUCUAAAUCGCAUAUAUGUUCGGUUUAUCGUUUUACUGAAUGAUGUUUCUUUCUUCAACCAUCGAUUAUAUAUUCGUAUGUUUGUUCUUUGAGCC